UGCUUUUUGUCCGCUAUCGCUCGAGCCACCACCAUAUGUACGCCGCAUUGGAACGAUCGCUAGAUCUGUAUCUCUGCCACGCGCUGGGGCCACGGCCACUCUAUUGGAAACAUGCAAUACUUUGUCCCGCCCUUCGACGGUAGCCGGCAAACGACAUAUUCACUGCGCGCCAGCCACUACCAGAAACUCCACACCAGCGGCCGGAAGAGGAAACGGCACGAGGACGACGACGAGCCUCCAAGCUCCCCGGACGAUGACACUGACGCGGGUGCGACCUCAAACACGCAAUCACCCAGUGCCAGGGCCUCAGUUGCGUCCUUGAGCGCUGCAGAAACAGCCCAACUGCGUGUCGCAGGCCUCCUGCCCGACGACAACUUCCAGGCGCCCAAGAAUCCAUUUCCACAUGCGCCGCUACCCUCCAGGCUUCCGGGAUCCAAGACCACCGCCGCACAUGUGCAAAGAGAGCUUGCGGCCCUGGAGCCGCCGCUGUAUGCUGCGGCGGCGGCCAAGGCUACGCAGCGUGUCGAUGGCAUCGGCCAGCAGGAUACGCUGCGGCAAACCCAUAUUGGCAAUCUCACGACCAUGCUGCAUCGCUGUUUGCUUGAGGGGGAUUACGAGCGCGCCGGCAGAGCUUGGGGCAUGCUGCUGAGAUCCCAUGCCCGCGGCAGGCCAAUAGACGUGCGCCAUAAUGGACGCUGGGCGAUUGGUGCUGAGAUCCAUCUGCAACGCAAUCGCAUCUCGAGACAGUCUCAGCCAGACGCGCACGUUGAAGACUCUGCCAGCAUCCAAUCUCAUACAGACCAGCUCCCUGCCAGCAUUGAAGAGGACCUCUUCAGUGAGGAGGGCUUCAGACAAGCGCGUCACUACUACGAUCUGUUAAUCUUGCAAUACCCGGCUCGUAAGAUGCAUGCACACGCCGUCAACCAGGGUCACUUCUACCCUGCCAUGUUUUCGCUAUGGAUCUACGAAGCCUCGCAGCAGAGCAAGAUUGCCAAAGAACGUCUGCGAUCCGCUCCACGUUCCUCCACAUCUCAUUCAAAAGGCUCUGACGACUCUGAUAUGGACGACUCUGAAUACAAAGACGAUGCUUACGUUCAUAUUAACAAACCCUUCAAUGGGCAUGUGUCAAGUGAGGAGCGGCGGAUUAUAGCCGUAGAACUGAAGCGUGCAAGGGCAAUAGCCGAGCGUCUCGAUCAGCUGCUCGGCGCGCCUCCGUUCGACAAAAGACCAGACCUCCUCCAACUUCGAGACAUGGUAGCGCUUUGGAUAGGCGAUCUGCUAUGCCAAGACGCCCCAGGUCCAGACCCAAUGAACGAGGACGGAAUGGAAUCCAACUCCAUUUCCGAUCAUAGCGACAUGCACGAAACUUUCACAAAUUCGGCCUCUCGGUUCGAAGAACGCCAGCUUACUGCAGAUAGCAAGAGCGAUGAGGACGACGUCCAGGAUCCCCGCCGCGCUACAGAAAAUAGUGCACUUAUCUGGAAGGAUAUCAGGCGCCUCGGCAACUAUGCUGACAGGUGAAAAUCACACUCAACGUCUAUACAUAGCCAGCGAUGCAGCUUGGCCCUAGCUUGAUGCACGUCCAGGUAUGCUGUUGGACUGCUGGGUGGCCGCAGAGUCGGGAGCUGAGCGGAAAGUCGAGAAAGGGAAGUUCCCGAGUAACCCAGUCGCCAAAAGAUCGACCUGGAUGCAGAACAUAACACUGUGCAUGACUGACGUCUGACACUGCCGGGUCGCCGGAAGGAAGUACUUCCUGAAGCUGUAUCGCCUAUCAAGCUCUCUAGAUCCCUGCUGGACGCGUUGACCAGUGUCCCAUCCUAGCAAUCUCGUCCCCGGAUCUCUGGUGGGAUGGUGGGAUGGUGGAU